UGAUGCUGUUGUGUCUGAUAGCCAUAAUGGCUGCAGUGGCUUGAGCUACGGUUGCCCAUGGUGACCAGCAACACAACAAACAUGCCGGCAAAUGCGCGCGUGACACUUUGCUACGGACCUUAUGAAUCCAGCGGAGUCGUAAAACACAGAACCUCCCGCCUGCAGGGUCUCCAAGCCGCUCUGAGAGCGCGAGGGCACCGGUGCGUCCUGGAAGAAACGCCCGAGUGGAACACGGUGGAGGUCAUAGUGAGUGGAGAGACCGUGUUCAGCUGUGACAUUAAGCAGCUGGAGUUUGGUGGAGAUGGAAAACUGGAUCCUGUUUGCAUAGAGGCUGUUUCUGCUGUGGAGAAGGCUUACUGAAGAAGGCCGUCUACUCUGAGAUCUUCACACCCAAUUCAACCCAACUAUAAAGCAUAUAAAAAAAAGUCUUUUUUUUUUUUUUUU